AGCCCCUCCCCGCAAAAUGCCCGCCUUCACAAAAUGGCGGCCGCUGGAAGCGUCAACCGCCCGACCCGGGACGUGAAGAGACGCGGGAGAGACGGCAGCUGAUAGCGGUCGUGAGGGAGGGAAGGAAGAGGGGGCGGGAAAGGCGGCCACUCCACCUCACCGACCCACCCACGGCAGCAGGAGAGCGAGUGACCUGUUGGCGGCGGUGGACUAAUGGGGGGCCUGGGCAGCCGCCUGUCCGGGGGCCGGGCCUCCGCCUCCGCCACCGACUGCGAGUGCGAUUGCCAGCGGAGGAAACGAGCGCGGCCGCCCGACGACUGCGACUGUUCCGAGAGCGAAGCCCCGCGAAGAAAGAAGCUAAAAAGCACUUCCAAGUACAUUUAUCAGACUCUCUUCCUCGCUGGAGAAAACAGUGAUAUCACCAUCUGUGCUCUGGGACAAGAAUGGCACUUACACAAAAUAUAUCUCUGUCAGUCCGGUUACUUUUCAAGUAUGUUCAGUGGAUCAUGGAAGGAGUCAAAUAUGAACUAUAUAGAACUCGAGAUUCCAGAUCAGAACAUCGACACUGAGGCGCUGCAAGUGGCGUUUGGCUCAUUGUACAGGGACGACGUCUUAAUCCAGCCCAGCCGGGUGGUAACGAUUCUGGCAGCAGCCUGUAUGCUACAGUUGGACAGUCUGAUUCAACAGUGUGGUGAAACUAUGAAGGAAACAAUCAGUUCCAAAACUGUUUGUGGCUUCUAUGCAGCUGCUGGAACUUACGGCUUGGACUCAGUGAAGCAAAAGUGUCUUGAGUGGCUUUUAAACAACCUAAUGACGCAUCAAAGUGUUGAACUCCUGAAGGAACUGAGCAUAGGUUUGAUGGAGAAGCUGGUGUGUUCGUCAGACCUGUUUGUGAUGCAGGUAGAGAUGGAUGUGUAUACUGCACUUAAGAAGUGGAUGUUCCUCCAGCUGGUGCCUUCCUGGAAUGGAACCUUGAAACAGUUAUUAACAGAUGCAGAUGCCUGGUUCUCCAAACGCAGAAAAGAAGCCUGCAAUUACAGCAGCUUCCUAGACACGGAACAAGGACAAAAGUUUGCUGUUGUCUUUAGUCACAUCCGCCUGCAGUAUGUCAUCAAUGAUCUGACAUCUGCCAAAAUUAUUGAGCGAGACAUGAUUAUCUCUUCGGGCUGGCUUGCGGCCAUGUACAAACAGCAGUGGUUUGCUAUGCUGAGGACUGAGCAGGACAAUGACCUGGGACCAAAAGAAAUAAACAGGGAAGAGUUUGAGAUGCACAGCAUGCGGUGUGGAAGAAAACUGGCUAAAGAUGGUGAUUACUGCUGGCGGUGGACAGGUUUCAGCUUUGGGUUUGACCUGCUGGUGACGUAUACAAAUCGAUUCAUCAUAUUCAAGAGGAACACUCUGAGCCAGCCAUGCAAUGGGGCUGUGAGUCUGCUGCCUCGCAGAAACAUUGCUUUCAGAUUAAGACUGGCAUCAUUUGACAGCAAUGGGAAAGUGAUCUGUAGUCGAUCAGCUGGUUAUCAGGUCCUAUCACUGGAGAAAGACCAGGAACAGAUUGUGCUGAAUCUGGACAGCCGGCUCCUGAUGUUCCCACUCUACAUUUGCUGCAACUUCCUUUACACAUCACCAGAGACAAAAGCUGAGAGUGAGGAGCAGCCGCCAAACAGUGAGAACUGAAAUGGGAUGUCACUGUUGGGUCCCUGUCCACGUGCUCUCCGUCCAGAUGACUGGCUCUUCUCCACGAGCAGCUCACGGUCAUUUUAACCAUUUCGGGGGACAGUUGAACGCUUGUUCAGUGCAUCGGUCUGAGGAACUGCUCAUAAGGAAUAAAGAAAUCAUACACGCCAUGAGUCACAAGGGAAGGAAACCGCUGCAUCUACUUUUCUUGCUCUGCAAUUUAUUGUUAUUUUUUUAGAAAAGCAAUUGUGUUCUGGGACAAUUUAACCGUAAAAUGGAGAUAUGCAGUUAUAAAUGUGUCAGAUGGGAUAAACAUGCUCCAAACAAACUGUUCUUGUCUCCCUGACUAAGCUGUGUACUGUGUGAAUGAUUUUGAACAGCAAUCAGGGGGGUAACCAGUCUAAUAAGAACAGGUAUUCAGUUGCUAUCUAGGAAGACAACUGUCCUAAUUAAUGCAAACGUGAAGUGUUGCUUCUACCUGCUCCUUCUCCAUGUUUAUUUCCCAGGAGACCUACUCAAGGUUUUCUCAGGCAGUGUUGCUACAACUGCCCGAUACAGUACAGAAACAGGCCCUAUAGCUCAACUCGUCCAAGCUGAUCAAUGUCCGUUUGCCCACGUUUGUCUCAUAUCCCGCUAAACCUUUCCUAUCCAUGAAUAAUCUGUUCAAAUGCCCUUUUAACAUUAUGAUUAUACCUUCCUCUACCACUUCCUCUUGCAAAUUGUUCCACAUUUCCACCACCUUCCGUGAUUAAAGUGUCCCUCCGAUCUCCUUUAAAUCUUUCCCUUCUCACCUUAAAAAUAUACCCUCUAUUUUAGAUGCCAUCUGCCUGGG